AACUCGGGAACCUGGGAAGAGGAGGGGAAAUGGCAUCAAUUCACCAUCAUUCUGGCAACGGUACAACACAAACAGAGGCUAUGAAGGUGUAGAAAAGCUAUUGGUCAGACUUUCUACACCAGUGUCCAAAAUGCAAAUCCUGAAAAACAUCAUUUCAGAGUCAAAGUUCAAGGAAAGGCUUUUCAGUACCAGAUUAUGGAAAAUCUGCUCCUCUUCUGCACAAAAAUCUCUUGCCCUAUUAGUGCUCUCAACUCAAUCCUGCCAGCUAAGUGCAGCACAUCAUUACCACUGCGAAACAGGAUGCUGGACUAGAUGGGCCUUGGGCCUGAUCCAGCAGGGCUGUUCUUAUGUUCUUAUGACCAGACUUUUCAGUCAGGUGUCUCAGCCAGAUGCCAUUCUCUGAGGCUGUUCUCAUGAGCAGCCUAGUCUGGGCCAGGCUACUCGUGUGGCGCGCCAGGCCCUACGCAGACCUCAGCCGAGGUUAAAAGAGCAAGCAUUCCUUUAACCCGGCUGUUGGGAUUGUGUCUCCUCGGGCUCCACGCAGCCUGUGGAGAAACAGAGACAGGCGCCUAGAGUGCCUGUCUGAUGGGGGAAUCCCCCAUGGCACCACACUUGUCAUGCGGUGCCAUGUGGGAUAUCCGGGGGCAGGGAAAACAAGUCCCGGCCUCUGUUGAUCUGUGCUGUUGGGAGCAGCACAGACAGUACACGGUGCUGUUCCCAGCAGCGUGGGUCGAGUGGGCACGCAGCUCAUAUCCAGAAGGGAUAAGUUUGAUCAUCUGGGAGAAGGUAGGUUGAAUCCUGCCUUUCCCCCCACCCACCUGGUCAUGUGAACAGCCCCUCUAUAUUGUUCCAGUGACAGGGAAAAUAUAACACAAAUAGAACUAGGGGUAGAGGAGAAGAAACAAAUCGCUUGUCUGUCUCUUUUCAGCCGGAAGCAUUGCAUCUUAGCUGCUAUGAAUAGUAGCAGAGGGAAGAUUGUAUUGAUCACAUUCUCGACUGUCUUGCUCCUAAUAGGGACCAAAAGGGCUCAGAGAACAAUAGCAAGGCCUGAUCUUGUAGCAUUUUUCAAAAUAGGAAGGCAGGAUUUACACCAAUAGCAAAAGCUAGAACAAAGAGACUAUAGUUUGGGCAGAGUGGAGGGUAGUGGGAACAAAAACCUUGUACCUCACAAUAGACUUAAACACACAGCAUGGGAUUUGCUGCGUUUUUCCAGCAGUUAAAGAAAUAUACUGCUCCAGAGCUUCCCCCCACAGACAAUUUUUUUAAAAAGACAAGUUUGCUUGUAAAAUUUUGGUUGGAGUUCAACUAGCUACGUUUCCUGGAGUUUGUGCUAUGUCUUCUGUGGGGAGAGACUUUGGGAAUCUAGAGUCAGCUAUUACCUUUCAAGAUGCCUUAUUCAGAUGAACUGCCUGCCAAAUGUACCAUUCUAGGGCAAGUCAUGGCGCAUUAACACCAACCUUUUCCUUGGUUAUGUACUUGGCUCUAGUUGUAUAUCCUCUGUGCUCAGAUUUUUAAAACAACCAAAUUCGUUGGUUGAAUUAAUGUGGUAUGUUCUGAUCUCAGUAGAUUCUGUAUCCUUGUAUCAUACCCUGCAUCCUUGCCUUGGUCUUCUCAAUCAACCUACUACAUAGGCAGGAGUUAACCCUCCAGGGAGUUGGGUCAGCAAAGACUGGGAACUGGCAAAGUGGUAGCUAGUGAGAUUUCUCCAAUCACACUGGCAAAGAGUCUACUUUGCUGGUAACUCAGAAGGUGGUGGCAGCUAUCAAUUAUUUAUAUAUUUCAGGGUGGAUCUAUUCUCAGUGUUAUAACUGGAGCACCCAAACACUCCUUUUAUUUGGUGUACUUAGUGACCACUGGGGUACCCAGGCAAGAACUCUUGGAGGGGCCCCAGGAACAUCGCAAUGCUACCGAGUUCUUACUUUAAAUUAUCCUGUGUUUUAUCCAGUUCAAAGCAAUUUAUCCAAUUGUCUAGAACAGUGAUAAUGAGCCCCUGGUGGCGCAGUGGUAAAACUGUCGCCCUGUAACCAGAAGGUUACAAGUUCGAUCCUGACCAGGGGCUCAAGGUUGACUCAGCCUUCCAUCCUUCCGAGGUCGGUAAAAUGAGUACCCAGAAUGUUGGGGGCAAUAUGCUAAAUCAUUGUAAACCGCUUAGAGAGCCCCGGCUAUAAAGCGGUAUGUAAGUGCUAUUGCUAUUGCUAUUGCUAUAUUCAAGCAAAUGAAGCAAACUUACCUUUUCCUGCAGGUUGCCCAUAUACCCCAGGUACAGGCGGAUAAUCUCAAUCAGAGUUGAUAAAAUAAUGACUGUCACCAGGAUGAAUUUGUAGUAGUCUGGUAGGAAUGAAUACUAGAAUUGAGGAGGGAAGGGGGAAAAAUAUUUGGAGGCGACAAGAGAUGAAGUGGUUAAAACAACUAUGAUAAAAUGGGCUCAAGAUGUGGGUCAUAAUAUAGAUAUGGCUGCUUGGGAAAAAUUAUGGAAAACUGAUUUAAAGUUUACUGCAUGUAAGGGUUUGAAAUAUAGUAAUAACAGCAGGUUGGGUAGGGUAAAAUCGAGAAGUAAUGUGGAGUAUGUAUGUUUCGAAUUAUUAUAGCAAUGGCUUAUAGGUAUAGUUAAUGUGAAUUGUGCAGACAGGUAAGCGGGAAGUCAAUAUUUACUUAAUUAAAUAAAUGAAUGUAAUUUGAUUGUAAAGCUAUUGUAAAAGCCAAUAAAAAUUUUAAAAUGCGAGAAGGGAAGAAAAAAUAAAUACACUAUCCAGGCAAAGUAAUUUUACUUACAGAGUCAUCUUUCUUGAAAUCCACACCAUACGGAGAAUCUUGUUUUUUUGAUAUUUACCUGCUUCUAAACCCAUCUGCAACAAAUGCUACCAUUUGGAACAUAUUUUAUGGAAAUCAUACUGUAUCAUCACUGCUGUUACUAGGUAUGUUAACUAGCAAUAACCGGUCUCUCUGUUUCAGAAAGUGUCAGGAAAUAAGAAUGGACAGAAGGGAAACUUAGAUACCAGUUGUCUUCUGGACUCACCUUCAAUUGCAGCACAACUACACUGCUCAACCACCAAAAUGGGAAAAAGCAAAGGUUGAAAUAGAGGGACAUCUGCAAGGGUAAAUUGGAGACGAUUUCAUUAUCUGAAGAAACAAAAACAAAAAAGAGAGAGCAGCCACUUGAGAGUCAUGGAGCAAGGAGCUAUGCCAUCUGUGCCAGCUGGGCCCAAGACCCCACAAGAGCAGCCGGUGGUGAUUCCUGAUGAUCCCAGCACAGCGGGUGCAGUGCUGCAAGGAGCCGGGGGUUCAUCGGCAGUGGAGUCGGUGGCAUCCAAUGGGGCGGCAGCACGCAGGGCAGCAGUCCGCAUACGAACGCAUGGCACCCCCUCCCCCACGAGCGGUCCCGCCCCCCCCAUUGCUCGGCUCUGGCUGGCUGGGCGCCGGGCGCCUAAAGUUUGCUGCCUUCAGCAUUGGGCAGGCACAUGGACCUCUUCCUGGGCUGGCACUCGACUCCCCACCCCGCCACCGAGUCGCAUAUGCGUGAGUCCCAGCUGCUCUGGUCGUGGAAGGAUUUGUCUGGCAAUGACUAGGGAGGGAGCAUUUGUGUUUGCUGCUGCUGGGGCUCUGUCCUGCGCAGGACAAAGAAGAAGGAGACCAAACCAGCAAACAACAUCAUCAUCGUCGUCAAAUAAACGCAAUAAAGCGUUCACAGUGGACAAGCACCUCUGCUGACUGGAAGAACUGUAGGCACAACCAACCACAAACCAGCGCUUAGUAACAAGCCUUCUAAUAUUCGAACAUCAUGAUGCCACGGAAGAAGGCGAGUGGAGCUGAAGGACGGAAGAGGCGGAUGUUGGAGGCAGAGGAAGCCAAGAGGCCGAGCAGGUUCUUCGUGCCCUUCUUUUCAAGGGCCGGAACAAGUAGCUCCACACCACCUUCCACAGAGUUGCCAGCACCUGCUCCAGUGUUUUCGGAAUCCGAAGGUGGAUCAAGUGCACAUCCGCCACAAGUGGAGGAGGAAGUCCAGUCAGAUGAAGAGCCUGCCACAGAGAGUGUGGACGUGACAGGAGGGGAAGCUGGUGGUGAUGUCAAGUCUACUGAUGAGACUGAACCCGAGGAGGAGGAGGACACUACGUGCAGUGAACCAGAUGCUGCCCAAGAGCCUCCAACUGUUCGGCCGGAAGUGAUUGAUCGGCAUGACAUCGGACUUCUGCAGUUUGACAAGGAUACUGGAAGACCAAUUCUGCCUGACACGAUGAGAACAGAAAUAAUAAAGUUGGGUUCAAACUAUUUGAACGCGCGCCUGCGGCAUAGACGAGCGCAUGCACCGCGAAGGGCGCAUGCGGUCCGCCAGCUCUUCUGCUUUGCAGGCAUUAAUGGACAACGACGGGGGCAGGGGUGGCAGAGAGGAACUCUGCCGCCCCAAGAAGAUUCUUAAAUGCACCAGCGCCGGAGGGGGAAGAGCGGCGGGGGGGGAAAGUACUACCACCCACCCCUUAAAGUCACACCCCCGCAAGUGCCAGACCACGCUGCGUCCGGACCAUGCACACCACUAUUUGCAAGGACAUAAGGAGUCACUUCAGCUAGACAAGGAUGACUCCAAUGUAGGAAAUUUCCUUGGCUUAGUAAAAUUAAUGGCUACUUGUGACCCAGUCAUGAAAGAACACCUGACCCAUGUGGAAAGUCAUCCUGGAUCCACCUCUUAUCUCUCACCGGCAGUCCAGAAUGAAUUCAUCCACCUGAUGACAUCCACUGUUCGCCAGAGUCUACUGAGAGGCAUUUGCAAAGCAAAAUACUAUGGCCUCAUGUUCGACUCGACUCCUGACCUGGCACACCGUGAGCAGAUGUCACAAGUAGUUAGAUAUGUACAAUUUGAUUUUGAGAGGAAAACAGUCCGUGUGAGAGAGUCCUUCCUUGGUUUUAUCCAGUUAAGCUGGAAGGAUGCUGAGAGCUUGACUGAAGACAUCUUGAAAAAGUUAGAGAAGGACGGAAUGGAGCUACAAGAUUGUCAGUCACAGUGCUAUGACAAUGCUGCUGUGAUGGCUGGACACAGAAGUGGUGUUUCCCAAAGGAUACUUGACAAAAACAACCUGGCAGUGUUUGUGAAUUGCGACAAUCACUCACUCAACUUGGUGGGUGUACAUGCAGCCAAACAGGAUGUGAUGAUGGUGACAUUUUUUGGAACCCUUGACGCCAUCUACGUGUUUUUUUCUCGCUCAACACAGUGCUGGGAAAAACUCAGAAACGCCAUGCCUGUGUCUGUUAAGUCAGAGUCUGAAACCAGGUGGAGUUCAAGGAUGGAAGCAGUGAAACCAGUCAACAACCACCUGGAGGAGAAACUUCAAGUUCUUCAGGACAUGACAGUUGAUGAAGAUGAGAACCUUGAAACCAGAAGUGAUGCAAGGCAUCUGUGCAACCACUUGUUGACUUAUGAUUUUCUGACUCUACUACGAUUUUGGAAUAACAUCCUCAUUUGAAUUGACCGUGUUCAAAAGAGGCUGCAGGAUCCUAGCAUGAACUUCCACGAUGCUGCUGUAGAUUUGAAAGCCCUCCAGGAUCGUUUGGAUGAUGAGAGAGAAGUGCUGGUCAGUGAGGCAUUCAACGUAGGGCUUGGUCUCUGUCAAGAAUGGGAUGUUGGCUUUGAAAGACGUCCGAGACGGAAGAAACGAAUGGCUGGUGAGAAAUCAAGAGAUGCUGGGUUAACAGCUGGGGAGGAGAUGGAAAGAGUCAUGAAGGGAACACUCGACCGUCUUCACAGAGAACUGGACGAAAGGUUCACUUGUCUGCAUGACACUGCUGCCAAGUUUGAGUUCCUUCUCGAUAUCGAGGGACUGUGCUACAGUGCUGACAGAGAGAAGCUAAAGAAGAACUGUGAAAAUUUUUGCAAACUGUACAGCUCUGAUGUUGAUGUGGAGCUAUAUGAUGAGAUUUUGGACUGCAGAAUGUUGCUAGCAGCGCGGACCAACAUGAGAGUAGCAAGACCGGAACAGCUUCUCGAAUUUAUUGUUCAAUAUGGAGAUGACAGCGUCUUCCCCAACCUCCGCAUUGCUAUACAGAUCAUGCUGACCAUUGCAGUUUCCAUUGCCAGCUGUGAAAGAUCAUUCAGCAAGUUAAAGCUGAUACUUUCCUAUCUGAGAGCUUCCAUGGGUCAAGGCAGACUCUGUGAUCUUGCUCUGCUGAGCACAGAGAGAGAGGAAACUGACAAAACUGACUUUGAUAGCAUCAUAGACCAAUUUGCAUCCAUGAAAGCAAGGAUGGUCCAGUUAUGAUUUUCAGGCAUGUCAUAAUUUGCUAAUUAGAAAAUUAAUGAGCGUGAGUUGUAAUUUCUGCAUUUUUGGUUAUUUAUUGCAUUUUUGGUUGUUUAUUACAUUUUGUAAUUUUUGGUAAUUUUUGUGGUAAUAUCAUGGAAAAAUAAAAGUUUUCUGAAACA